GACUUUGUCUCUGGUGUCUCUCAUAGAAACAUGCACUUUUACUCACUCCUGAGUUCUUCAAUUCUCUUUGUGUUACUCCUCUGUAUCUCAGAUUCUGAGAGCAUGAAGACACUGAAGAAUUUAGCUGUAAGACGUGGAGGAUCUCUCACUAUUCCAUGUUUAUAUGAUAAGAAAUACAAAUCAAACCGUAAAUACUGGUGUAAAGGGCGGGACUGGCUCCUCUGUAAAAUAGUAGCCUAUACAAACACAAGUGGAGGAACAUCAGUUACUGAUCAUCCAACCCAGAAUAUGUUUACUGUGGAACUGAAGAGCCUCCAAGACUCUGACUCUGGAUAUUAUUGGUGUGCUGUGGAAAUUAGUGGCGGAUCAGAUGACGGUGAUUAUGUGUACCUGACGGUCAGUUCAGAUCCUGCUGUGUCAGUGAUGAACAGCAGAGUGAGUGGUCAGGAAGGAGGCAGUGUCAGUGUCCAGUGUCUCUACAGUGCUGGAUAUAAGAAUAAACAGAAGAAGUGGUGCAGAUUUAAAGACUGGAGCUCCUUCACAGGGUGGAAGACUACCACAACCCAGAAUUCAGCAGGGCUGGUCAGUGAUGAUAGAAAAGGAUCUGUCAGUGUGGAGAUGAGGGGUCUGCAGAUGAGUGAUGCUGGCUGGUACUGGUUCAGUGCAGGAGAUGUAGGGGUUACUGUUCACCUCACUGUCACUGAAAGACCUUCAACAACAACAGCUGUGACUACAGUUUCUGCCACUGAGAAAACCAGCAUCAGUGAAACCACUUCAGGUUCUACAACUGUAACUAAAAAUACAGAGACAACAACAGCAGAGCUGAGUCAAAAAACCGGGCUUAUCUGGGUUCUACUGCCUGUCGGCCUGGGGCUGCUGCUGCUUCUGACCAUCAUUAUAACCUGCAUGUUGAGAAAAAAGUGCAAUGGAAGUCAAACAGAGACCAGAGGGAGGGUCAGUAACACUGCAGUUCACACACAGGCACCUACACCUGAGAGUGCAGUGAUAUACAGCACUGUGAUUCAUAAAAAUAAAAAGCGUUCACCUGCAUUGGAUCUUGAAAAUGACGUGAUCUACAACAAUAUAACCAAGGAAACUCUCUUUCAGGCAGUUGGAGAUGAUGGGGUGAUCUACAAUUCUGUGGUUUUGAAGUAAGAGGUGUAAGCGAAGGUGUUUCUGGUCAGAUCUCUUACAAAGAAGCCACUGCAGUGCAAGUCAUUUGACAGUGGAGUUUGUUCUAUGGCAUUUAUGAUGAAAAUGGUUUCAUUCCAAGAAUUUAACUUUAAGUUUUUGCUUCCUGCUGAUUCACAUUGUUUCUACCUACAAAUAGUCUUUCAGAAGUACCUGCAGGUGCACUGAAUAUGAAUAUACAAACUUAAAGGAAGGGAUUGGUGAAAAAUCAAAUUACGCCAAUUUGUCACUUACUUCAGAUGUUGUCCAUGAACCAAGACAAGUUUUAUGCCCAAAUGUUGCUUCUUUAAUUUAGCGCUGGAGCCACAAGGUUAAUAUUGCUAACAACCACUAGAAGUCAAUAAUCACACAAAACACAUAAAUACACAUAAAUACAUCCUCUACCUAGGUCUUCAUUAAAGUUGUGAAUGUCUUACACAGAAUGACUUGGGCCCAAUCCCAUUUCUUAUUUUUGCACCUACCCCUUGUUUUCGAAUGUAACCUUCCACCUUGAGUUACAAGGGGUAGUGGUUGAAAUUCCCCGAAGAAUUAGAACAACCCUUCAAGUACCUGAUACGUCAUCAGUUGUAAUCAGCGACUUUUAUGUGAACAGAUGAGACGAGGUUUUCCGGCCAUUUCCAAUAUGUCGCCUCCAGCUGUGGUGAUGUCACUUGUGUGGGCUCUAGGCAUGUUUUUGUGAUUGUCAGAUGGUUGUAUGCAGUGAAGCAGCUUUAAAAGUGGUUGCAGUGCAGUGGUUGUGAA